AUGGACCUGUCUAAACUGGUUGCAAUGUACUCUGUACAGAAACAGCCAAUACAACAAGCACCUCCUGUUGCUGUUGUACAACCGCAGCCACAUCAACCACAUAGACCUCCUGCUCCCUUAAUCGCGACUGCCCCCAAUGUACAGAGACAACCAUUUAUGCGAGGAGGACAUAGUAAUAGAGGUGGUCAGCCAGGAAGAGGAGGUCCACCAAAUAGAGGAGGUCCACCGGGUAGAGGCAGAGGUAGAGGUAGGGGCUCGGGCAGACCAUUCAACAAUAGUGGAGGCAGCCAGACUGGAGGAGGAAGUCAAACAGUCGACAGCAGUAGUGGAGGUGGAAGUGGCAGUAGCAGUAGCAACAAGACCAAACCAUUCGGCGAGAAUGAUGAGGACAAGUUGGACGAUGAGGCACUGGACGAAAUCAAGCGUAUAAAGAUGUUCAAUCAGAGACUGCGAACGAUAAAGAUACAAGAGACACCUGAGGAUAUAGAACGAUAUCUAGAUGAGAGAAGAAGACGAUAUCCAACAAAGGAGAAUAUAGAGGCCAAACAGGCAAUGAUUGCAGAGUCUCGCAAGAGAGGUGCAUUGACGAAUCAAGGGCAGAACAAGCGAAACAAGACAAGACAUAAUCAAUCACCAUCAUCAAGAUCAAAGGCCAACCCAACAGAUACAGCAACUACAUCAACUACAACAACUACAACAAUUACAACUAUUGCAACAACCAAAGAUAUAACAUUGGACAAUGGAGACAUUGACAACAACAACACUGUACAGAAUGAAACGAAUGAGUCCAACGAUCUGGACAAACAUGAAGUAGGCGAAGAGGAUGGAGAGAUUGAGGAGACUCCCUCCACCUUGGAGCACUUCAAACAGAGUGGUCUAGAAACCUUGGUAGAAAUACCAGAUACAACCGAACUAUUAGAAAAGAAGAAGGACUAUUCAAAGAACAAGAACAAUAACAAGAAUAAGAAGAGUAGCGCUGCUACUGGAAAGGACACUAAAGCCAAGUUAAAGCCACGAAUAUUGGCCAACUCUUUGUAUUCAAAGCUAUUCAAUCGAGAGAUUACAGCUGAGAAGAGUGUUAUCCUUCAAUGCUUUCGACACAUCGCCAACAACAUUCGCAGUUCUGAGAAUGAUGCUGCUGAGGAAUCCGCAAAGAAUGCCCAGAUCGAUGAUGACAAUGAUGAAGAUAAUGAAGACCAGGAGGAUGACCAGGAUAACGAAGUCGAUGAUGUUCCAGAGGAUAACGAUGAUAUUACAGUAAAGAGCUGA